ACGGAAGAUUGUCUCGGCUGUAAAUUCGUUCAUCAUUAUUCCACGAGCCAAUGAGUCGGAACUUGUGUCGCCUCCAAGGAACAAUUCUGCAUUGCUAUCGCUCGUUUUCCGCUGGAAAAGCAGUCAUGGAUGCUGGAAAACGGGCUGCAGCAAGAUAUGCAGUGGACACGUAUGUCAAGGAUAACCAAGCCCUGGGAAUUGGGUCUGGAUCAACAAUAGUAUUUGCAGUUGAACGUAUCGCUGAAAGAGUGAAAGAAGAGAAUUUAAAUUUAUUGUGUGUUCCAUCAUCAUUUCAGGCCCAACAGCUAAUCACACAACACAAAUUGAUUCUCACUGAUCUUGACAGACAACCUGAGCUAGAUGUUGCUAUUGAUGGGGCUGAUGAUGUGGAUUCUGACCUAACUGCAAUCAAAGGAGGAGGAGGCUGUUUAACCCAAGAGAAAAUUGUAGCAUCUUGUGCAAAGCAGUUCAUUAUUAUUGCGGAUGACAGGAAAGACUCAAAGCAACUAGGCGAUGGAGUAAGUCAGCUUGUGCUUUACCUAGUAGUACUUAAUACAAAUUAAAUUGAUAUGUCCCUGAAGUUGCAUGUUUAUUUUGAGAUCUUGGUUACUUGGUAGAAAAUAGGGCAAACAUGAUCAUUGGAGUUACCAGCAU